GGAAUACAUUACAUUUUUUGGCGGGGGUGGGGGAGCGGGGGAGAGGGUGUAAUAAAAUGGUGGGUGGGGCCGGGUCAGUUGAGUGUGGCUAUAAAGAGACCCCUGUUGUGCUUCGUUAUCUCCGAUCCCUUCACUUAAACACUGCUACUUCUUCUCCACUAAAACAUUAGAUAGAGUCACAGAGAGAGAGAGAGAGAGAGAGAGAGAGAGAGAGAGGCAAAAACUUACAGUAAAUUGAGAGAAAUGGGCAACUGCCAAGCCAUUGAUAAUGCAACUUUGCUCAUACAACACCCAAGUGGUAGAGUUGACAAGCUCUAUUGGCCUGUCACUGCUAACGAGAUCAUGAAGAUGAAUCCAGGCCAUUAUGUUGCUCUUCUUCUUACCACAACCACCUUGUGUACCCCCACUAACCCCGCCACCACUACCACUGCUAUCUCCACCGUCACCCCCACCGCCAGAAAAGAUACUAACACUACUGCAACAAAUACUGCUACUACUGGUAAUAUUCCGGUUCGUAUAACGCGUAUUAAGCUACUCAAGCCGACGGAUACUCUUGUUCUAGGUCAUGUUUACCGACUAAUUACCACUCAAGAGGUGAUGAAAGGGUUAUGGGCUAAGAAGUAUUCGAAGAUGAAGCAACAGCAGCUAGAAUCCGGAGAAAAGACUGAGAAAUCAACGAAUUCACAUGGACUUGUUAGAAGAUCUGAAUUGGACUACUCCAAACAGGUGAAACAAGAAAAGCAUAGGAGCUCAACAGGUGCAAAACCAAGAACAUGGCAUCCCAAACUCCACAGCAUAUCUGAGGCUACAAACUGAGAGAUUAAUUUGAUAUGCUUCUAUGUGGAUUUUGUGUAUGAGAUUCUGGACUUGAUGAAGGAAAAAUUAAUCACUUCCACCAAGAAAAAAAAGGCAGAUGGUUGGAGAUGGGUAGUCUCCAUCAUUAAACUAGAGCUAUGCAGAAUUAAUGACAUGUACAGCAAAAAAGAAGAAGUAAAAAAAACUCACAUUGGUUAACUUUUGUAAUCAUUUGGAGUCCCUUCUUUAAUUGAAAAUUAUUGUGGGCUUUGUUCGAAGCACCAAAUUUUGUUUA